AUGGUGACGUCUUCGUCUGCGGUUGAAGAUCUUCAUGCGACGGGUGGUUCGUCAGCUUCUGCUGAAGCAACAACAGCUAGUUCGGGCGCAUCCGAUGCUGUUGCGGCGACAUCUGCUGGUGUUUCUGCUGACCCCGUAGAUCAGCUCGCUGCAGCGGCCACUAUUACUGCUGUUGUAGAAGACAUUGCCAGCGCGGUUGUUGAUGCUGAAGCUGAAGAUGUUGCCACUGCGGGACAUGACGAAGAUGAAACUAUAGUUCAUGUCAUUGAAGAUGGUUUUGGAGAAGUUGACCCUGUCAUAGAGUCAAGCAUCCCUAGAGCAUGGACUGAAGAAUCUCCAACGGUUCAAGCCGCACCAGCGUCGGCUCCUACGGGACAAGCUGCACCUCCAUCACCAGAAUCAUUAGUGGUGGCGGCAUCAGAUCAAGUACCACCCGCAGUAGGAGAUGCAUCAGCGGCGGUGGCAUCGGUUCAAGUACCACCUGCAGCACCAGCUACUGGCCCUGUCGCCUUUCUAGAUCUUGCAUCUCCCAAUGCUGCUGACUUCAAGGGCAAGAAGGGAGAGAAAGUUAUCGACGUGCAACCGGUUGCUUGUGCUGCGCCAUACAACUCUGGAAGUGAAGACCUUGCGUCUUCGCUUUUGCAUCGAGAGUGA